AUGGAAGGUUUGCAGGUUUUACCAGUUGCUGAAAAUAAUGAUGCAAGUGUUGAUGAUCCAGUGGUUGUUACCGAGCAACCUGCAAAAAAAGAUGUAAAGCCAAAGGGAAAAAUAAGAGCAAAACAUAUUUGCCCAGUAUCUAAUUGCAAAUCUUCAGUUAUCCAUCUCCCACGUCACAUGAGGAAGUGUCAUGGUUGGAGUCCAAGGAAGUCAGGUAGCGUGUUGAACGCUUUUAAUUUACGGAAAAAUAAAAUGCAAACAACGGCAAGGCCUAAACGUCAUUACAAGAGCAAGAUGUGCCCGGUGAGAGAUUGUAAUUCCAUUGUCAAACGGAUCCAUAACCAUAUCAGAAAGGUGCAUAAAGUAAAACCAGGAAGCAAAACGUACCUGAAAUGUUUAGAGAAUGCAGUUCCAUAUGAGGCUCCAGUUUUAUCACCAUCUAAACCCACUGAAGAUGGCGAUGACUCAUCAGACUCGUACCACCCACCACCAAAAAAGUUUAAAGAGGAAAAUUAUGUGAAGAAUCUUGGCACUAUAUUUCAGUCUGUGUAUGGCAGUGAUGAUAGUGAUGAAAGUUAUGAUUGCAACCGAGAUGAUCCAUCUCCUUCCAAAGAUGAAGAUGAUCGAGAAGAUAUUGAGGAGGACGUGAUCGAUGGAGAUUUAAUUGAAAAUGAUCAACAAUAUAUUCAGGGUGCUGAUCAUUUAGAUAAUAAUCUUCCACAGUUAUUUGUGCAAUUCGAAGAAUGGUUGAAAGGGCCAGAUGGAGGUAGAAAAGAUGAAAGAUGCGCAAGCCAGUGCCGCAGACAAGUCCAGCUAGUCAUCAAUUUCAUUGACUCAAAAAAUCCAAAUUUGAGCAGCAUAUUCAAAAAGAAGAUUUUGAGGGAUAAAUGGCUAAACAUUUUUGAUAAGGAAAAGCAACCUGGAACUGUGAAAUCCUAUCUUGGUGCUCUUAACCUGUUCUAUGUUUUUUUAAAGUGUGAGGGUGUCGAAGUUGAUGUUUCACCGGCAACUUUAUCCAGCUUAUCAGAUCAAGCUAAAUUAUGGGCCAGGUCAUACAGGAAGCUUAGUCAAGAUCGGUUUUGGGAGAAGAGGAUGGAUGACAUGGCGACAAUGAGAACACCCCAACAAGUGAAAGAGUUUGAGACAUCAAUUGUUGCAAGAUCAGCAAUAAAAAUCAUGGGUGAAUAUGAUGAUUACGAAGGAGAAUUACCACCAAACCAACCCGAUUACAUUGUUGUCAGAGACUAUCUUUUGACAGUCUUAUGCAUUAAUAAUGGUAGCAGGUCUGGCACAUUGGCCAACAUGACUCUGGACGAGUUCAAAAAUGUUGAAGAAGAUGAUGGUUGUUUUGUGGCCAAAGUCAAAAACCAUAAAACAUUUACCACCCAUGGCCCUGUACAUCUUGUGUUUUCUCACACAUUGUACAAGUAUGUACAAAUCUACAUCAGACAGUUUAGAAAUAAACUUGGUGGUGUUGAUAAGGAUGGGAAGGCACCUGUGUUCUUGGCCUGGAGCAAAUCCAAAAUGAAAUCUUCUCAAGUUGGUACCCAAAUAGGUUCUUGUUGGGGGAAAGUCUUUGGGAAAGAAUCGUCUUCUGGGGGUGCCACUGCAUUCAGGAAAGCAGCAGUCUCAGCUGUGCAUGGGACUAAUAAGGAUUUGCGAGAAGAUUUAGCAAACUUAAUGGUACACAAUAAAGCCACAGCCGACCGUUACUAUUUGCUAAAAAAUAAAGGCAAAACAGCUGUACAAACGGCAAAAGAAUUGACUAAAAUAAUGCGAACCACAUCUAGUAGCCAAAAGGAGGGGGGACCAUCAAGUCUCUGUGGGAACCAUCAAGUCUCUGAAUCAUCAAGUCUCCCAACAACACACAAAUCACCACCCAGACACAAGUGGACCACUGAGGAAGUCAGCGUGUUGAAGAGUCUGUUUGCUUCAGAUAUCAAACAGAAGACAAUUACGUUAGACAAAGUUAGACAAAAAAUUGUCAAGCAACCACUGCUGUUCAACAUUUCCCCGACAAAGAUAAGAGACAAAAUUCGAUCCUAUUAUGAUACUACAACAUUGGAAGAACCCAAGUGUAAUUCGCCAAUACUUCCUAACGAGACUGAAUCUCAAAGCGAAUGUUUCAGAAGAUUUGGUGUGGACUUAAUUGAAGCAGAAACUAGUAAGUAUUGGUAAAUUGAUAAACACUUAUUUAGUAAAAGUAAUUAGUAUAGGUAAUCACACAGGAAUGAGUGCAAUUAAUGAUUUACACAGCGAGUGAUUUUUGGUAACACUGCGAGUGAUAAUCAUUAAUUGCAUGACUUGCCCAUGUGAUUAUUUGUUAUAUACAUGACAAAAUUACUGCAAUCUGAUAAUGGAUAAUUUUUUCAUUUUAACAUCAUGGUUUGGGCAGAAAGCCCAUUGCACUCCUCAUCAGAUUGCAGUAACUUUGUCAUGUAUAUCAAGGCAUUUUUUAAUACCAUGGAGUGUUGGGGCAUUUGCCCCACUGGGCCCCUUCCUCUGCCCCACCACUGAAGAAAAAAAUGGCCUAUUGCCCCAAAGCCAGGGCCCUAUGACUUGUAUUGAGUAUUGUAAAAAACAAAAUUUGUUGGUGAGUAUAUUUAAAACUUUGUUUUGAGAAGCUGAGGUUUUUUUAAAAAUGUGUUCUCAGAAUGCAGGAAAUGCUAUUUCAGAGACCCAAGUUUUAAAAAUUUCCUGGGGGGCAUGCCCUCAGACCCCCUAGCUAACUCAAGCCUGCGGUACUCGCGGCUCACACCUUCGGCGAUCGCAUACUAUCCUGGGGGAAGGACAAGGAAAAUGGACCCUUUGACAGUUUUGCCCCACCACUGAAGAAUCCUUAAAAGAUGCACUAAUGUAUAUAAUAAAUACAUUCUAUAUUUUGAAGCAUUUUGGCAUAAAAAAGCAAGACAAUUUUACUACUCUUGGUUAUUUUGACUCACCCCGAAAGCGGUUGUUAACACCCAACUGGACUUUACAUAUUUUACUCUAGGAAACACCAGAUGACUUUUACUCAUCAACAGGAAAACUCAUUGCUGGGUUUACGUUACAGAGUUUUACAUACUCCAACAGGGCUUUACAGAUUUUACUCUGGUUAUGCCAGACAAUUUUAGGGCUCAUAAAAAGUUACUCAAACAUUGAUUAAUAUUAUAUUAUAUAACCCAAUAAACUUAGCAUAUUCCCUAUGUAUUAAUAUACAGCAUGAGCGGCCAUGUUGUAUCGAUAUACAAAUCGAACCAAAGGCGAGAGGUUGUGUGCCCUCUAGCAUCCCGGACUGUUUAUUUACGAAUAUUCCUGAUAUCUGGAAUAUUUUAUCCUGGGAAUGUUUUGAUUACUUAUUAUUAAAUGGUGUAAUUAAGUACAUAUACACAUGUAUGUACCAGUGUAUAGAAACUGUAGACUGUACAGUAGGUCAGCAAUUCCCCUUAAGCUGUGUAAUUGUGUAUAAAAUGUAUAGUAGUAAUAAUUUCUGCAAUUUUUUAGGUACUACAGUCAAAAGAAGUGGUGGAGAAAAAGAGAAGCAGAAAGAAAAUGGAUGUGGUAGUGAGGAUGAAGUUGGUAGUGAGGACGAAGAUGGUAGUGGGAUUAAAGAUGGCAGUGAGUAUACGCCUAGCAUUAUCGCACCCACCACAUCGACAAAAAGUUCCCAGCAGCUUUUAAGCAAUGAGGACAGCGUCCUAUUCCUAACUGUGUUUGAUGAACUAAUUAACUCAACCAGGCAAAUCACCAAGGCAGUUGUAUAUGAUAAAUUACGUGCUGAACCAAAAUUAUCCCAUCUUGAAAAGCAGUGCGCUUUCCGUCAACUAGCAAACAAAGUCCGCACAGAGAGAAGAAGAAGAGGAAGAAUUAUAGCAAGAGGAAAUGAUAAAAGAAAGAGAGCUAGAAAAUAG